AUGUUCAAGGGUAAACCUAGCGACAUCGACGAGAUGGAUUCACACGCACCGCCUCCACCUCCGCCAACCACAGCACCUCCGCCUCCGCCUGUUGCUUCAGAACCCGGUGUAGACACCCCGGCGAGCCAAUCUAGCUAUGGAUACUCCAGCCAGUCGACGAUGGGACAGGAGCCCGAGAUAGUAGAAGCACAUGAGGAGGAGAGACCGACAGACAGCCAUCACCUGGCAGACAUGGCUGCCAAGGAGAAGCCGAUCGAGGAGAAGGGGCACGCCGAGCUUGACCACGAUCAUGUUGAAGUGAAGAACUUGGGAUGGAACAACCCGCCCAGCAAGGUUGCGCAGCCCAUGGUUGGCGGUCUGAGCAACGAGGAUCUCUGGAUAUUGGUUCGACGAUUUGACAAGCAAAUCUUCCACGUCAAGUCGAUUCCCGAGCCACCGGUGAGCUUGCCAUUCCAACUUGCCGCGUAUCAGCAGCUAAAUGUAGAUGGGCAGCUUGCAAACCUGGACAUGAACAUCGCCGACGAGGAGGAGUUUUCGCCAGAUAAACUCCGCGCCCAUGUCGAGCGCUUGUACAUGACUGUUGUUGUUGGCUUAUUCUCCUUCUGGAAGCAUAUUGUCCGUCUUCGUUCAUGGCGCGAAUACAAGCGCACCUCACUUUUCCUCGCAGUCUACUCCAUCGCCUGGAUCUUCGAUUACGUCGUCCCCGUCUUCGCCAGCUUCCUCAUCGUACUCAUCCUCGUCCCGCAAUCGCGAGACUUUUGUUUCCCUCCCGCCCCCGCUUCCCUCAUCGACAGCAAGACCGGCGGCGUCAAGAAACCCGCAUCUGGCGUCCUCGCGUCCGAUGACUCGAUUACCGGCGCACCGGAGAAGCACGCAGGAGAGGCUGUGGAACAGGAGGCGUCGAGCUUCGUGAACAGCAUCUCAUCGCUGAUCAUCAGCACGGCGGCGGGAAAACAUCCUCAAGGCGAUCCCCACGACGACUCUUCUGUCCCCGACCCUACUAACAUGACCCAAGAUGUCGUCAAUGCCAAGGAUAAGACGGACGGCAAGGAACCCACUUCCCACCACGAUAAAACCAAGAAGCCUGUUCACGAGUCCGUUUGGGUCAAGGCUAGGCCUGUGAUGCAUGGCAUCGCCGACUUCGUCGAUACUUGGGAGCGUUUCGGAAACGCCCUGAGCCCAACUCCACCAUUCCCUCAGCAGAGACCCCGUCUUGUCCUUGCUAGCGUUAUCUUGCCACUGCUACUCGUCUCCUUGUUCACAACCUCGUACAUGGUAGUCAAGGGCACCGGGUUUGUGGUUGGAUUCACCAUCUUUGGAGACCCCAUCAUCCAAAGAGGCCUGGUGUUUAUCAACCGCACCUACCCUCAAUGGCAGAAGUAUGUUGAAUUGCGAAACACCAUUCUCAAGGGCAUUCCCACCAAUGCCCAAGUCACUAUCACGCUCCUACGUAUCGGCGAGAGGAAUAAAGCCCCGCUUCCACCUCCGCCAAAGUCCGAUGUACCGCCACCUGAUGAACCUCAUGCAACCGCUGGCCAGGAUCUGGAGCAUCUCGGCGUAGAUCAAGCAGAAAUAGACGAAGCCAUUCAGCCCGACGAGGCAGCUUUGGCGCCAGCUGAAUCGGAAACGGCAGAGCACAAGCAGAAGAAGGGCCAUCGUAUCAUAAACUUCAUCAAGAGCACCGCCAAGGGCGGCAUCAACACCACUCUCGCCGCGGACAAGGUAAAGGCCAAGGUCGGCGCUAAACACGCAAAGGACAGGCUGGGCGUAGUCAAGAAGACGCCUGAUCCCGAGAAGGGUCCCGUCCGCUUCCCCGCGCGCUGGAAGGGCAAGAGGGGUCAUGCUUAUAUCACGACUACAGCCACGACUCCCGCGCUCAGUUGGACGACGGAGUCAGAUGACUUGAGUCCGACGUGGACUGUCACAAUUGGUGACAUUGAGCAAAUUCGCAAAGUUGGCGGACUUGGCUGGAAGUCCAAGAUCUUUGUCGGCUGGGCUACCGAUCGUGAGAUUGCAGACGGCCUGAUUGUGACGGAUAGCAUGGGCAAGGAGUACCAUCUUACUGCCAUCAUUUCGAGAGACGAGCUCUUCAAUCGUCUCGUGGCCUUGGGGUCGCAGAUGUGGGAGGCCUGGUAA